UCAUUGAUUAUUUCGUCUGUGUGAUGGCUGCGAGGUCACAACAGCUACAGUGGGCUGCUGUUUCAUUGAGAACGAAGUUAGGUAUAGCUGGUUAAAUACCAAGGAAUCAUGUCGACUGCAAUGAAUUUUAGUUCUAAAUCAUUUAAGCCUCGUCCUCCAGACAAAGGAUCUUUUCCUUUAGAUCACUUCGGAGAGUGUAAACCUUUCAAAGAGAUAUUCAUGAAGUGCUUGAGAGAGAAUGGGUAUGAUAACUCCUUAUGCCGGCUACAGUCCAAAGAGUACCUGGAAUGCAGGAUGGAAAGACAGCUGAUGGCCAAGGAGCCGAUGGAGAAAUUGGGAUACAAGGAUCUGGUGGACACGGCCCCCCAGACGUCAGAAGAAGCCAAACCUUGAGGAAGAGCUCUUAACAUUACCGCUAACAUUCAGCAACGGCGCUCUACAAUAGGCGUUUGCAUUCAUCUGUGAAAUGCCAGGAGAAUGUUGCGUUUUUGUCAUUACGCGACCAACUUGUGUAUAGUGUAAAUUAAUAUUGUGUUUAUAAAUAUUUUCUAAACCAA